GCCUAGGAUCGGCAUGGAGGUCUUCCUCCGAGCUCUCCGCGUCCUUCCUUUCCGAGAGGUCCCUGGGCGCAGGGUUCGGGGCCUGUCGGGGACGCGCCGCGGGGACGCAGGGUCUCUUACGAAGUGUGAGUCCCCGUCUCUCACCAAGGCUGAGUGGCAGAAGAAACUGACCCCUGAGCAGUUCUACGUCACCAGAGAAAAAGGAACUGAGCCUCCUUUCAGUGGGACCUACCUGAACAACAAGGACCCGGGAAUGUACCAUUGUGUGUGCUGCGAUGCUCCACUCUUCAGCUCUGAGAAGAAGUUCUGCUCCGGGACUGGCUGGCCUUCGUUUUCAGAGGCUCACGGUACUUCCGGCCUCGAUGAAAGCCACACGGCGAUACUGAGACGUCUGGACACCUCCCUGGGAUCUGCACGCACGGAGGUGGUCUGCAAGCAGUGUGAUGCUCAUCUUGGCCAUGUGUUCCCCGAUGGACCUGCGCCCAGCGGCCAGAGGUUUUGCAUCAACAGUGUGGCGCUGAAAUUCAAAGCAGGCAAACACUGACCCUCUCCAAGAGGCACUCCUUUGCCCCUCCCUCCCUCCCUCCCUCCCUCCCU